AUGGAGUUAUUCUCAUUAACAACGAAUGUAACUAUCACUGAUAUUCAAUGGCAAGCCUAUCCAGUAGCGAUUUUCUCGUUAAUGUUAUGUUUAUUAACCGUAUUAGGUAAUAUAUUGAUUAUCUAUGCGAUCAUUUCCAAAUCAACAUUACAUACAUCGACAUAUUAUUAUAUUGGAUCGUUGGCAUUUGCUGAUUUUCUCGUUGGAUUGAUUGUCAUGCCAUUAGCAUUCAUAUUUGAAAUGACCGACGAUGAAUACUGGCUAUUUCGACGGCAUCUUACAUUUCUUUGUGAUUAUUGGCAUUCCAUGGAUGUGUUUGCAUCAGCAGCAUCGAUAUUCGGUUUGUGUACUAUUGGUUUAGACCGUUAUAUCGCGAUUACGAAACCGAUGGAAUAUCCGAAUUCGUUCUUAUCGAAGAAAUGGUAUUGUGUGAUACCGAUGAUUUGGAUAUGUUCAGCAAUUGUUUCAUUUCCACCGGUGCUCUAUUUCGGAACGAGACAGGCCAUCACUCGACAAUCAAUGAUGUUGAACGAAACAACAGCUGGAGUAUUCAAAGAAUGCGACUUUCCAAACAAUCCAUACUAUAUUUUGUUCAUAUCGAUUGUAUCGUUUUAUCUACCGUUACUCGUAAUGAUUUAUGUUUAUAUUCAAGUGUAUGCAGCUGCGAGAACACAAGCAUUAGCACUCUGUUCAGGUUAUAAACACCAUCAUCGAAUCAAAUCAGCGAAAUCUUUCAUUCCAAGACUUCGUUUCAAACAAAUACCUGAUGAACAACGAUCAACAACGAUCACCGACGAUAGUCCUAUGCAUGAACCAAGCGUGGAUUUACUCGAGAAACGUCGAUUAUCACCGGAAUUAAUCACACUUCGCAUUCAUCAUGGUAAAUAUCAAAAUCCCAAUGUUGAAUUACUCAAUAUUAGUCGAAGGAAGUCAUUAAGUAGAAUCAAAAGAGAACACAAUGAAACAAAUACAUUUUGGAAGAAGUUUUCUCGAAAUCAAAAAGCAGCAAAAUUCAUCGGUAUUAUCAUGGGUGCAUUUGUUUUUUGUUGGUUACCAUAUUUUGUCUAUUUUCUUCUCAGUGGCGUCUUUCUUAUCCGUUUGAAAGACGAGCAAAAUCAUGAACUUUUAGUGAAAAUCUUCUCAUGGUUGGGAUAUACGAAUUCUGCAUUAGACGUUCUUGUUUAUGUUUCGACUUCAAAAGAAUUGCGAACAACAUUUAUUCGAUUAUUUAUUCCACACAGAUUGAGAUGUGCACAAUGA